GGGAGCGGCGCGGGCGGGAGCGGCGCGGGCGGGAGCGGCCCCGCCCGGAACCUGGGAGCGGCGGCGCCGGCGCGGGGGAGGGGAGGCCGGAUGUGAGUGGAGCGGCCAUUUCCUGUUUCUCUGCAGUUUUCCUCAGCUUUGGGUGGUGGCCGCUGCCGGGCAUCGGCUUCCAGUCCGCGGAGGGCGAGGCGGCGUGGACAGCGGCCCCGGCACCCAGCGCCCAGCCGCCCGCAAGCCGCGCGCCCGUCCGCUGCGCCCCGAGCCCGCCGCUUCCUAUCUCAGCGCCCUGCCGCCGCCGCUGCGGCCCAGCGAGCGGCCCUGAUGCAGGCCAUCAAGUGUGUGGUGGUGGGAGACGGAGCUGUAGGUAAAACUUGCCUACUGAUCAGUUACACAACCAAUGCAUUUCCUGGAGAAUAUAUCCCUACUGUCUUUGACAAUUAUUCUGCCAAUGUUAUGGUAGAUGGAAAACCGGUGAAUCUGGGCUUAUGGGAUACAGCUGGACAAGAAGAUUAUGACAGAUUACGCCCCCUAUCCUAUCCACAAACAGAUGUGUUCUUAAUUUGCUUUUCCCUUGUGAGUCCUGCAUCAUUUGAAAAUGUCCGUGCAAAGUGGUAUCCUGAGGUGCGGCACCACUGUCCCAACACUCCCAUCAUCCUAGUGGGAACUAAACUUGAUCUUAGGGAUGAUAAAGACACGAUCGAGAAACUGAAGGAGAAGAAGCUGACUCCCAUCACCUAUCCGCAGGGUCUAGCCAUGGCUAAGGAGAUUGGUGCUGUAAAAUACCUGGAGUGCUCGGCGCUCACACAGCGAGGCCUCAAGACAGUGUUUGACGAAGCGAUCCGAGCAGUCCUCUGCCCACCUCCCGUGAAGAAGAGGAAGAGAAAAUGCCUGCUGUUGUAAAUGUCUGAGCCCCUCAUUCUUGGUCCUGUCCCUUGGAACCUUUGUACGCUUUGCUCAAAAAAAAAAAUGGUGGAGCCUUCGCACUCAAUGCCAACUUUUUGUUACAGAUUAAUUUUUCCAUAAAACCAUUUUUUGAACCAAUCAGUAAUUUUAAGGUUUUGUUUGUUCUAAAUGUAAGAGUUCAGACUCACAUUCUAUUAAAAUUUAGCCCUAAAAUGACAAGCCUUCUUAAAGCCUUAUUUUUCAAAAGCCCCCCCAUUCUUGCUCAGAUUAAGAGUUGCCAAAAUACCUUCUGAACUACACUGCAUUGUUGUGCUAAGAACACCGAGCACUAAACUGUGUAAAGACCUUCGUCUUUGAGAAGACUGUAGCUUCUGCAGUUAGGAGAUGCAGACACUUGCUCAGUAGUUUUCAGAUGCGUAAAGCAGAACAGCCUCCCGAAUGAAGCGUUGCCACUGAACUCACCAGUGAUUUAGCAGCCCAUGUUCACGACAUCACAUUGUACUGUAAUGGAGUGAGUGUAACAGCUCAGCUCUUUGGAUCAGUCUUUUUGAUUUCAUAGUGAGUUUUCUGACCAGCUUUUGCGGAGAUUUUGAACAGAACUGGUAUUUCCUCUAAUGAAGAAUUCUGUUCAGCUGUGGGUGUGCCGGGUGGGGUGUGUGUGAUCAAAGGACAAAGACAGUAUUUUGACACAAUACGAAGUGGAGAUUUACACUACAUUGUACAAGGAAUAAAAGUGUCACGGGUGAAAACUCUAAAAGGUUAAUUUCUGUCAAAUGCAGUAGAUGAUGAAAGGUUGGUAUUAUCAGGAAAUGUUUUCUUAAGCUUUUCCUUUCUCUUUCACCUGCCAUCCCUCCCCAAAUUGGGCAUUUAAUUCAUCUUUAAACUGGUUGUUCUCUUAGUCGCUAACUUAGUGCUUUUCUUAUAGAACCCCUUCUUACUGAGCAAUAUUCCUCCUUGUAUUAUAAAAUCUUUCUGAUAAUGCAUUAGAAGGUUUUUUUGUCAAUUAGUAAAAGUGCUUUCCAUGUUACUUUAUUCAAAGCUAAUAAGUGCUUUCCUUAGUUUUCUAGUAACUAGGUGUAAAAAUCAUGUGUUGCAGCUUUAUAGUUUUUAAAAUAUUUUAGAUAAUUCUUAAACCAUGAACCUUCUUAACAUCACUGUCUUGCCAGAUUACCGACACUGUCACUUGACCAAUACUGACCCUCUUUACCUCGCCCACGCGGACACAUGCCUCCUGUAGUCGCUUUGCCUAAUGAUGUUCCUUUGGGUCUGUGAGGUUCUGUAAACUGUGCUAGUGCUGACGAUGUUCUGUACAACUUAACUCACUGGCAAGAAUAUAACGUGGGACCUUUCAACCACUACAACAGAAUUUUUUAAAUUGACAGUUGCAGAAUUGUGGAGUGUUUUUACAUUGAUCUUUUGCUAAUGCAAUUAGCAUUAUGUUUUGCAUGUAUGACUUAAUAAAUCCUUGAAUCAUA